AUGUCUAAUAACAAAAUGCCUCCAAAGUUCGAUCCAAGUGAAGUUAAGUACCUCUACAUGAGAGCCGUGGGAGGAGAAGUUGGAGCCUCAUCGGCUUUGGCCCCAAAGAUUGGACCUCUUGGUUUGUCACCAAAGAAGAUUGGUGAAGAUAUUGCAAAGGCCACCAAAGAUUUCAAAGGUAUCAAGGUGACUGUGCAAUUGAAAAUUCAGAACAGACAAGCCCAGGUUUCGGUUGUUCCUGCUGCUUCUUCCCUUAUCAUUGAAGCUUUAAAGGAGCCUCCAAGAGAUAGAAAGAAAGACAAGAACAUCCAGCAUUCCGGUAACCUUGCGUUAGACGCUGUGUUCGAGGUGGCCAGAACCAUGAGAGAGAAGUCUUUUGGUAAGACUUUGGCCUCUGUUUCUAAGGAAAUCUUGGGUACUUGCCAAUCUAUUGGAUGUACCGUUGAUGGUAAACCAGCUCAUGAUGUCAUUGAAGCUAUUGAUGCAGGUGAAGUUGAUGGUAAGUUAAGCUCAAAUCUUUUUUCCUUUAUUUUUCACUUUACUAACAUAUUUCAGUCCCUGAAAACUGAGUUCUUCGAGUCUAUAUACAGAUCCAAAGGUAAUAUACAAUUUAUCAUUAACUUACAAGUUUGCUACACUCUGGUGCCAAGUUCGUUCAUAUUUGGCUCCUAUUUAUGUGCAAACAAGAUUGAUUUUCCUGCCUAUUACUCACCUUUCUUACUUAGUAUUGGUUUAUUUAUGUCAGAGUUUUUUCAAAACUCUUGCAAAGAUACCUCACGAUGGUUAGAUUGGGGUGUUUCAGGCUAA